CUCGUGGCUGAGUCGACUUCCUCUUCAGCCACCGAGGUGAGCGGACGCGGAAUGUCGGGCUCUUCGCGAGCGGCUUCAGCGACCCUUUUGGGCCGCGGUAUCAGGUCAACUGAAAAACCAGGUCAGGACUACCAAAUGAUUUUACCAACGCUGCCAACAGGUGCGUCCGUUCUGCAUACGGUGUUUUUACAUGGUGACGUUAAGGCGAGGCCUUACAGAGUGGAACAUUUUCGAGACGCUCUUACACGGCUGUCUCUCAUGCCGGAAGUGGUUGCACUGGGUGCUUAUCAAAUGAACCAUCUGUGGGCGGUGACUUUCAAGGACGAAGAAGGGAAAAAGAAGAUUAUCGCUGCAGACGCGUUUGAUGUCAAGGACCACCGCUGUGUGGUCGUCGACCCGUGUGACAGAGGCGUCCGUAUCAAGCUCUACUGGCUCCUUCAUGGUGUACCUGACGACGACGUUCGCACUGCCUUGUCGCCUUUUGGCAAGGUGACUGAGAUCACCAGGGACAGGUGGCGGGUACAAGGAUGCGUUGACGAAGGGUCAACCACCCGUACUGUCACUAUUAGGCUGAAAGCAGGCGUCACCGCUGAAGACUUGCCCCACCAGCUGCGAGUGGCGGAAGAUGUUGCGCUCGUGCACGUCCCUGGCAGAGCUCCCCUCUGCCUCCGAUGCCGUGGCAUCGGGCACAUACGACGCGAGUGCCGUGUACCACGCUGUGGGCUUUGUCGUCGUUUCGGCCACGACGAGACCCAGUGCGUCCGAACCUAUGCCACAGUGACAGGCCCAGCAUUGAAGGAAGAUGUUACAGAUCACUUGAUGGACGUGGUCGACGCAGGGGAAGCCGCAGGCGAAGGGAAAGAGACCCAGCCCUCGGCGUUAACGCCCCUGAAGAAGGCAACGACUGUUAAUGAAGACGAGUCAUCGGACGGCUGGAAAGACCCAUGGUAUGACACGGUGGAACCAACUAACUCAACAGAGGUCGAGGUAAAAGAGGCCAAAGAUACGUGCACAUCAACAGAAGUGACGACCGGCGAACAGCAUGACACUGAUGACACCGUGAUGGCAACGUCAAGUAGUGCACCUGCUAAGAGGCUUCACGAAGAGGCGGAUGAGCAAGAGGAAAAGGAUCAAGAGACUGGGAAUGAUGAGCCUCCUCCGAAAGCUACCCCGGGACGCCGACCGGCGUUCAAGCCCAAGCCCGGCGUUCCAGCCAAACGCCGUUCUACAACCUAGACGCCUCCGCGUUAGCGGAGGCGUUCCUGGGUUAGAAAAAAUUGUUGUUAGGGUCUGGGGACUGGGGUUUGUGGGCAGGAUGUGCGUCGGCCGUCGU